AUGGAGUAUGACACUAUGAUGAUGGACGGUGAGUCCUUGGGACCGUCCGUCAAGAUUUCUGCUGCGGACGAUGCGUACGUCAAUUUCCAGCUCAGUAACGUUGACCUGUCCUUUGCGAACUCCCUCCGACGCGUCAUGCUAGCCGAAGUACCUACCGUCGCCAUCGACCUCGUGGAAGUCGAGAUAAACACCUCCGUCCUCGCAGACGAGUUCGUCGCCCACCGACUGGGCCUCAUCCCGCUCGACUCUCGAGAGAUCGACCAGCUCAACUACACACGCGACUGCGAUUGCGACCAGUCCUGCGGAAAGUGCACUGUUGUGCUCACCCUGCAUGCGAAGUGCACCGGGGACGAUGUCAUGAAGGUCUACGCGCGCGAUCUGAUCGUUGGAAUCGACCGGCCGAAUAACCACAUCGGAAACCCAGUCAUCACGGAUCCGGACGGACUAGGCUCCCUUAUCUGCAAGUUGCGCAAGGGCCAGGAGAUCAAGCUUUCGUGCAUCGCAAAGAAGGGCAUCGCAAAGGAGCAUGCGAAGUGGUCGCCCACUUCCGCGGUGGGAUUUGAGUACGAUCCCCAUAAUAAGCUACAUCAUCUGGACUUGUGGUACGAAGCAGAUGCAGCCGAAGAAUGGCCUGCGAGCAAGAAUGCCAACUUCGAAGAGCCGCCUGCGGAAGGCGAGCCUUUCGACUACGAUGCCGUCCCGUCGAAAUUCUACUUCGAGGUCGAGAGCGCAGGCAACAUCGAGCCGGAUAACAUCAUCCACGAGGGCAUCAAGGAGAUCCAGAAGAAGCUCGCUGGUCUCAUCCACGGUCUGGGCGAGAACGAUGGCAUGGACGCCGGCUACGAUGGCCCACGAAGCCCCGACGGUAUGGACGGAGGUGCAGGCUGGCAAGACCAGGGGUUCACUACCCCGUAUGGCAAUACUGGAGGUACCACUGCUUGGGGAGGUGGAGGAGCAGCGACUGCAUACGGCACGACACCUUAUGGUAACUCUGGCUCGGGCGGAGGCUGGUAG